AUGACCGAAAGUAUAGCGACGACCGUGGACGUGAUUAUGACCGACGCCGUGACUUGUCCCCACCGCCUCGUUCUGCCUUCAAUCGCUCCCGCUCUCGUUCACGUGAUCGCUCCCGAGGAAGUCGCGAUGAUCCUCCUCGAAAUGACUCAUUUCGUCGUCCAGACGACCGAUUUCAUGGGUUUGACGACCGACGAGAUGGUCCCCAAAGAGAUGGUUUUCGUGAUCCGCAACGGGACGAUCGCAGGGAUUAUCCACGUGAUGAUCGUCGGGAUAUCCCACGGGACGAUCGACGGGGUCCUCCACCUCGAGACGACCGUCGGGACUAUGAUCGCCGCGACGACUUUCGUGGACCACCAUCGUCUCGUGAUGACAGACGAGACGCACGGCCCCCUGCCACCGAGCCACUACGCCCAUCCGGUCGAGCAUUGUCUCCGAAGCGAAGUUGGUCCCGCGGCCGAUCUCCGAUCCAGCGCCGCUGA